UGCUCUCUCAUUUAGUGGGGACUUGCUAUGUGUCGGCAUUAUAUAGCCAACAAGGCAAAUGGAGAAGGCAAUAAGGCUACGGCUAGUGACAGUUCUCCCUCUCUGUUUGGAACUUUCUAAAGUUCUUUCUCACUCUACCCUCUGCUCUCUCUCAGCUCCUGAUAGAUUAAUGGCAGGGGAUAAUUCUAAUUACAUCACCCGAGUUCUUUUUUGUGGGCCACAUUUUCCUGCUUCUCAUAUUUACACUAAGCAAUACUUGCAAAAGUACCCUUUUAUUCAGGUCGAUGAUGUUCCUCUUAAUGAUGUCCCAAAUGUUAUAGCGAAUUACCACAUUUGUGUUUCCAAAACGACGCGGAUUGAUUCUAGUAUCAUUUCUCGUGCUACCCAAAUGAAACUUAUAAUGCAAUUUGGUGUUGGCCUUGAAGGUAUUAAUAUUGAUGCUGCCUCAAGAUGUGGAAUCAAAGUUGCUAGAAUUCCAGGUGACUUUACUGGAAAUGCAGCAUCUUGUGCUGAAAUGGCUAUUUAUCUAAUGUUGGGGCUUCUUAGAAAGCAGAAUCAGAUGCAAGUUUCUAUAAAGCAGAAAAAGCUUGGAGAACCAAUUGGUGAAACACUACUGGGCAAGACAGUAUUCAUAUUGGGAUAUGGAAAUAUAGGAAUUGAGUUGGCGAAGCGCUUGCAACCAUUUGGUGUAAAAGUUAUUGCCACAAAAAGGAAAUGGACAUCAAAUUUACAUGUUUUACAUCAACAAAAAGUGUCUUCAGGGCUCCCCAUGCAGAAUGGCAGCAUUGAUGAUUUGGUUGAUAAGAAGGGCAGUCAUGAAGAUAUACAUGAAUUUGCUAGCAAUGCUGAUAUAAUCGUUUGCUGCUUGCAUAUGAAUAAAGACACAGCCGGAAUUGUAAACAAAUCAUUCAUAUCUUCAAUGAGAAAGGGUGCCCUUUUGAUAAAUGUCGCUCGAGGGGGUCUCCUUGACUAUGAUGCUGUUAUGCAGCACCUCAACUCUGGCCACUUGGGAGGCUUAGGCAUAGACGUUGCUUGGACAGAGCCAUUUGAUCCUGAUGAUCCAAUUUUGAAGUUUGACAAUGUUCUGAUCACUCCCCAUGUUGCAGGGGUAACAGAACAUUCUUACAGAUCCAUGGCUAAGGUUGUUGGAGAUGUUGCACUUCAAAUUCAUGCAGGCGCACCUUGUUCCGGCAUAGAGAUUGUGAACUGAUUCGUUUGUCAGCAUUGAAUCUCCAUUCAUUGGUUCCAUCUUCAAUGUUGAAGGCUUUCCAAAGAAGUGUGCUGUAUGGAAUCCUAGGUAGGUCAACCGUGCCCAGUACAUCAGUGUUGGUAUGAUAAAACAUUCUGUUUUUAUGGUAUAUAACCUUUUAUUUCUUGUGAUGUUGGAGAUGACUAAUUCCAUUGUAAUUUUAAAUUUUCAUAAUGUUUUAUGAAGCAAUCUACUAGAAAAAUCAGCCCACCAUUAGGGACCCAUGUACAUAUCAACUUCUUCCUCAAAUUGGGAGUAUCUGCCUUGGUUUGUAAAUGAACUUCAUUUGCUUUGGUA